AAUUUAGGCUCAACCCCCGGUGCUAGUCAGCCGACUGCGGCGGUCACGUGACCAGUGCGCGUUCAUUUGCCCUGUGUGUACAGCCUGGCAAUCUCCAGAAGAGAAGUAUGGCUCCUUGGCAGCUGUUUAUAUUCUCGCUGUUCUGUGUUGGAGCGGCGCAGCAGCAGGCUGUCGUGUCUGUUCUCUUCGACCCGGCCACCGGGAACAUCACCACUGUAGCGGAAAAGAAGGUGGCCGGCGCCGCGGCUUGGGCUGAGCUUACGGACAGUAUCCAGGAAAACGGGUGGGCUGUUCUCGAAGUGCAGACCAAUGACUCCUUUAAUGACAGCAUCCAGGCUUAUGCUGCGGGAGUGGCUGAAGCUGCUGUUAGUCAGAAGUUAAUAUUUAUGCAUUGGAUGAACACAAUGAUGGGUUACUGCGGUCCAUACAAAUACCAAGCCCCAUUCUGUGAGAAACUGCGUAGUUAUUUGGAAGCCAACCUUGCCUGGAUGCAGGAUGAGAUGGAAAAAGGACAGGACCAGGAAUACUGGCACCAGAUCCGCCUUGCACUGCUUCAGCUGAAAGGUUUGGAGGACAGUUACAACGGCCGCAUUUCCUUCCCUCAGGGCAGGAUCCAUCUGAACCCUUUCGGAUUUCUCUUCUUCCAGAUUGGUGGAGAUCUAGAAGAUUUGGAACCUGCAUUAAACAAGAGUGAGCCUAAGAGAGUGCUUGGUUCAGGCUCUUGUUCAGCUCUUGUUAAACUUCUGCCUGGAAACAAAGACUUGUUUGUGUCUCAUGACACUUGGAACACCUACCAGUCUAUGCUGAGAAUUAUAAAGAAAUAUACCUUUCCAUUUCGAACAACGGAGAAUGGGGGUCCAACUGUGCCUGGCUGGGUUCAGACUUUUUCUUCUUAUCCUGGUACCAUUUUCUCUGGAGACGAUUUCUACCUGCUGAGCAGCGGCUUGGUGACCCUGGAAACUACUAUUGGAAACAGUAAUGAUGCUCUCUGGAAGUAUAUCAAGCCACAGGACUCCGUACUAGAGUGGCUUCGUAAUAUUGUUGCUAACAGACUGGCGACAGGAGGUCAGGAAUGGGCCUCCAUUUUUAAAAAGUUCAAUAGUGGAACUUACAAUAACCAGUGGAUGAUAGUGGAUUACAAUAAAUUCAGCGUUGGAAAGACAGAUAUUCCUAGUGGCCUCCUGACAAUCCUUGAGCAAAUUCCUGGUAUGGUGGUUGUUGCUGAUAAAUCAGAUGUACUCUACAAAACUGGUUACUGGGCCAGCUACAAUGUGCCAUAUUUUCCGGAGGUGUUUAAUGCCAGUGGUUUGCCAGCCCUAGUGGAGAAGUUUGGGGACUGGUUUACCUAUGACAAAACUCCACGGGCCCUGAUUUUCCAGAGAGACCAUUCUAAGGUCAAGGACUUGGAAUCGAUGGUGAAUCUAAUGAGGUACAAUGAUUUUCUUCAUGAUCCCCUGUCACGGUGUAGUAGUUGUGACCCUCCACAAAAUGGAGAGAAUGCUAUCUCUGCCCGUUCUGAUCUUAAUACAGCCAAUGGCACUUACCCAUUUGGAGCUAUGAGCCAGCGGCAGCAUGGGGGCACGGAUAUGAAGCUCACGUCAUAUGAAAUGGCCAAGAAGUAUCAGAUGAUGGCAGUGAAUGGGCCUACAUGGAAUCAGGUUCCACCCUUUAAGUGGAGCACUUCACCUUUCAGCGGCCUUAUGCACAUGGGGCAUCCAGACCUCUGGAAGUUCUCUCCAAUAACGAUCAGCUGGAACUGAAGCAAAGUACCCAGCCACCGCUAAUUUCUUCUUCCUUACCGCUACUUAUAAGCCGAAACUGCUGGCUUUUCACAGGAUAUUCAUCCAAAGCAUGAUCAAGACAUAACAGUUUGCUUGGUUGCCAGAGAUGCAACAUUUCAGACUGAAAAAUGGUUUAUUUAUAAUGGAUCUGCUCUCCCCUGCAACAUUUAGAAAUACAAAUCGUUUGCUGAGCUGUGGACAGGGAAAUGGCUUAUUUUUGAUGCUUUUGUGAGUCUACAGAAUGUUAGCUUUGUGGAGCAAGGCAUCAUAACUCCUUGUUAGCCAUCAUGAUGCUUUAGGGACAGGACAGAAACAUGCAUUCUACCCUUUCUUUUAGCAAAGGAAUUGUUAUUUGGUAAAGACAAGCAAGCUAUAAACUUAAUAUUGUGCUAUGAAUUCAAGCAUUGCAGUACAUGUAGGUAUGACGCUGUACUUUACUGUAGUUUAGACAAUUGGGCUCCUUCUUAAUACUGAAGUUUGCAGGCUUUUGUGUGGUAAUUCGGCAGACCAUAAGUGACUCGUUUGUGUCCCAUAGGUAAUGCCUAGAGUGGCUUUUGAGUUUAGGGGUUGUUGUGCCUACUUGAUAAAGUCAGUAGAAGGAAGGAGUGCACUGAAGGACUCGUUUAGAGCCAUUUCUGUAGCACAUCAUAUCUCUGGAAUAAAGGGAUUUGCUCUUUGGUUUGAAGGUUUUCUGCUAUUAUGCAGCUUCUGUGGUUUUCUGUCUGUCUUUUAUCUGUGUUCAUAUUAGUCUGACUUUUCUUGCUUAUAAUGAAAGACUUGAAAUGGCACACACUUCAUUUUUGCUGCACUUGGCAUUUAAAUGCAUAUUUCUGGGCCUUUCAGCUCUUAAGAACAAACUCACUCAGAAUCGUCAACCUUUUUGCUUGGGAUGAUGGGAGUUGUUCUUUAAACCCGCUGAAGAACAGAGGCUGAAAAACCCUGAAGUAGGUACUAGAUAGUGGAGCCUUGCAGGUUUACUUGUUAAGUGCUCUGAUCUUUAUCACAUUUUGUACUACUGAAGCCUCUUGUGAUGAAUGCAGUGAGAAUAUUUGUACAAAAUGAACAAACAGCACUUAACCAAAGAGAUGUAAGAAUCCACAUCUGCAGCAAGCGCUCUUCAUAUGCAAUUGUGUUCUUUGUAAAGCUGAUUACAGAGCAAUAAUUUUUUUCAAUGAAAAGUUAAUUAUUUUAUUAUGCACCAGUUUUUACGAAAUGUUGCUAUAUAUGUGAUUGUAUUAAUAAAAUUUGAUUGUAACAGUGUGA